UGAUUUAGAAGAUGAGGACAUUUUAUUGCAAAAUAAUUGGUCUCAAUACAAUCCUGCCAUGAUGAAGACUCAGAUAUCCGCUGCUCUUCGCCAGCCUCCAAAAGCAUCCCUACCAAUACCCUCCACUUCAAAAAUGUCAACUAAUAUAACUAAUGCUAAUAUGUCAGAGGACAUUCAGCCCAUAACUGUAUUAACUCCCCCAAAAGAUGUAGAUGGCAAAAAAGGAGUGUCACGAAGAAGACCAGUUCUGAACACCACAUUAGCUUCCGAAACAUUUUUGGAAGCCAAAAAAUUAUCUCUUGAUGCAAUGAGUAGGGAUGCUGUAGAAGAGUUCAAAGUGCAGAUGAAAAUCUUAAAAUUAAAGUUACUACAAGAGGAAGAAAAAUUAAAACAAGAAAAAAUGAAGACUGAAAUACUGAAACUCCAGAUCCAGCGUGAGACUGGAACAGAAUGGGUAUUUGACAGAAAUAAUGAGACUGAUAACAUAGACUGA